GCGGCGCCUUUGGUCCUGCUGUGUUAUGGAUGAUCUACAACGAAACUCGACACGGGCGUUGUUUGUGUGGGGAGCAAAUAGUUAUGGACAGCUUGGUCUUGGCCAUAAACAAGAUGUGCUUCUGCCCCAAGUCCUGAAGGAGUUUGCUUGUAAUCAAAAAACCCUGAGAAAUGUUGCUGGUGGAGGGGGACAUUCUGCAGUUAUUACUGACACCGGAGAACUGUUUUUGUGUGGCCAGAAUAAAAAUGGGCAGUUGGGACUUAAUCAUACAGAAGAUGUGAUACAUUUUACGUUAUGCUCUUCUCUGUCUGGCUGUCCUGUAGCACAAGUUGCCUGUGGUUGGGAUUUUACAAUCAUACUUACAGGAAAUGGCCAUGUUUUAUCCUGUGGAUCUAAUUCUUUUGAUCAAUUAGGAGUUCCUCAUAUUUUAAGAGGAUGCUCUGCCCCACAGAAGAUUGAGUCUUUAAAGGACAUUGUAGUGGUGAAUGUUGCAGCUGGACUCAGGCAUGUACUUGCUGCUACGGAAAAUGGUUCAGUGUUCCAGUGGGGAACUGGUAUGGUGUCUCAUGCAAAGCGGACAUGUCAAGAAGAAAUGAUUCCAUCCUUCUUGAAAGCAAAAGAACCUAGCCAAGUAACAGGCCUUGAAAAUAUCCAAGUGAAGAAUGUAACUUCUGGGUCAUACCAUGCUGCAUCACUUACAGCUGAAGGAGAGUUAUAUGUUUGGGGGAGCAACAAACACAAGCAACUAGUGAGCAAAGAUGAUUUUCUUUUGAAACCUCAGAAGAUAGACACUCACUAUUUUUUGGGCGAAAAGGUGAGAAGAGUUUGGAAUGGAUGGACACACAUGGUGGCACAAACAGAGACCGGGAAGACCUUUACCUGGGGUAGAGGAGAUUAUGGUCAACUUGGAAGGAAUGGGAUGCUGUGCGAGGGACAAAGCCGGGAUGAGAAGAGAUCAAGUGAACUCUUUUUGAAAGAGCCACUUACUGUUCCUGUUGCAGUGCCCAGCCUGAUUGGAGCGUCUGAGAUUGCAUGUGGUUCAGAGCAUAAUCUAGCAAUAGUUGGUAGUCAGUGUUUCUCCUGGGGAUGGAAUGAACAUGGGAUGUGUGGCAAUGGAACAGAAGCAAACAUUUGUUCUCCUCAGCCAAUCAAGGCUCUUAGUUCUGGAAAGCUGCUUUUAAUAGGAUGUGGAGCUGGACAUUCCAUGGCCUGUUGUUAUGUUCCAGGCUAGACUUUCUACAAGAGAAAUGUCAGCAAAAUAUAAGUACCAUGUUGUUAGUAUAUUUAAAGUUCUGAGCAUUUAUUGGCAAAACUGACAGCUGGUUCAGAAGCAAACAAAAUGAAACAUUGCUGUGUAGAGCUCAUUUAAAAAAAAUAAACAAUUCAGUGUACUGAAAUAAAACCUUUAUUAACAUAAGUGGGCACAUUGCAGCCAAAAGUUAAUCAUGAGAUUAAGUUCCACUAAAAGCAGUGGAAUAGGAAGUAGUUGGCCUCCAAAUUCUAGUUUCUGAUUUUGUAUUGAAGACUUCUGUGGCCCAGUUCAGUUGCCAUGACAAACUAGGGUUACCAUGAACAAGAAGUAGGGGAGAGAAAUGGUACCUGCAAGGGUGGUGGUGGGGAAGUCAAGCUCCCAGCAUGUUUCUGACAUUCAAACCAUGUUGGGGGGGAGGCAUAAUUCAGUGGAGGAGCAUGUGCUUUAUUCAUGCAAAGGGUCCCAGGUUCAAUCCAUGCACCUCCAAAUAAAGGGUCUCAGGGAGUGAGUGUUGGGAAAGACACUUGUCUGCUUAGGAGAGCCACUGUCAAUCAGGGAUGGCUAUACUGAACUAGAUGGACCAAUGGUCUGAUCUAAUAUAAUUGCAUAUGUUCAUAUGAUUUGAUAUGACUUGGUCACUGUGUCUGAAUUGGGUAUAUGUUUAAUUAUGCAGCUACUUUACAUAUUUAUCUUUGUCGGUGGGGGGAGAGAGGACACAUUUUGUCUUUUGUGAUAACAGGCCACUAUUUUAGUUUUAAUAAAAUAAAAAGCUGGAUUCUCUACUUGCCAAUAUAAGGAAAAUAUGCGCAGUGCAGUUUUUGUGGAAACAAGUUUACUAGAACAUUCUUCUCAAUGCUCUGAUUCAGAAUAGGGCUAUAGUGAUUCGUGACGCAUUCUGUUUUUUUGUGUUUAGGUAAUAUGUAUAUGCACAAUAUUUGUUACUCUGGUUCCCAGAUACGGUCUGAAGACACAUGGCACAAAACUACCUAAUAUGGUCUGGAUCUGGUCAUUUCCUGGCUGGGAGGCCCCCACCAAUCCUUGAGUUCUGUGGCAGAAGAGAAGCAGGAUA